UCGAAUAGUUUUGAAGACAUUGAAGUCAUUGCUCGGUGAUAUUCGAUGAUGUGAUGUGUGAGUGUGUGUUGUGAAUGGUGCGUCGUAUCUCAUUUUUUUUCUAAAAGCGCCAGAAUCCUAAAAUUUCGCUAAACGGAACACGACGCGAAUAAGAAAAGUAAAAACACAAAACAAAAAAAAUACAACAGACAAACACGUCGGCAGCCACAACAACACAACCAACUACAACAAUAAGUGAAUAACGCCAAAAAUACGGGCACAAAACGCGAAAAGUCGGAAAAUUUUAUUUUGCCUCACGCAAAACCGUGGCAAACGGGGGAUCUGUUUCAAAGAGAAAAUAAGCCAAGCAAAAAAAAAAGUGAAAAUGUGAAAAGUCAUUAAGGAAAUCAACACAACACAACCCACAGAGAGAAUAACUCGACCACAAAACACAAAAAAAAACAUCCCCACUAAAGUGGGAGAUAAAAAUUUUUGUAAAAAUAUCAAGAAAAACGAAAGGCGACCUAAUUUUAAGAAAUUACAGAAAAAAAACAAUUAUUUUCUUUUCAAAAUACUCAACAAAAAUGCAAUCAUCAGCAUCAUCACCUUCCAGCACAAGCUCCACCACUACCACCAAACUAACAGGCCAUCACACCACCAAGUUAAUGCAACCCAGCAAAACUACUGGGCUCAAAACAAAAUCAGCUCUCAAUAACAAUAACCCCUCAGUGCUGCUUAGCAAUGGCUCGGGGGUCAAAGGUCAUGAUUUGCAAACCUCCCUGGAGAUUGAGGAGAUCUCCAAGAAAAUAUCCGAACAUGCCGAUGCCUUGUAUCAGACUUGGAAAAGUCAUGGCAUAGCACCCACAGAAUUUUUGGACAUAUAUACCGCAGAAGCAGCUGCAGCGGCUGCAGGUUCCAUAACAGAGGAUGUCAAAAGCACAGAGGGUCUACAGAAACUGGUCAAUUCAUUUGUGAUUAAAGACAAAGAACAGCGAGGCGUUAAAACCUUAAAUAAAAGUGCAGUAAAAACUGGUGGCAGUACCAACUCAGUCGGCAAAGGCGAGACAAAGAUGACAGCCACACAACAAAGAAGAUCGCGUUCUCCCUCACCCUCGGCGGGGUCAACAGCUGCCACAUCUAUCAUGGGCAGCAGCAGCAGCAAUGCACUCAAGGCAAGUCUGGAUAAGCCUGGUGACAGCAUAACCAUAAAGAAAUCAACAACACCCUCCAGCUCCACGAAAAUAAGUGGCGGCACUAGCCCCCUAAAAACUGCCCAAAAUAGUACCCCUUCAUAUUUGGUGAAUACACAAAAAAUCUCACGUUUGGCAGAGCCUCAGGCAGGCGAGGGGGACUAUGCCAAACCAACAACAGCAACUUCAGCCGGCACAACAAAAUUUAAGAGCAACAAACAGGUGCAGUCAGCUGUGGGAAAUGAGUCUGCCAAACUUUCCACUGCGUCGACGGCUAAGAAAACUCCCUCCAAGCCUUUGGAUUUGAAUUUUGAAAUAAGUUUGGAUUUGAAUCUGGAUAUACCCGCAUUGACACUGCAACAGACCGAAAAUUUGCAGAAAAUCAAGGAACUACUGCAACAGGAAACAAAUGGACCAAACAAAGGUGCCUCACAGGGUACCACAAAAAUUCCCUCAGUCAUUAUAGAGAAAUCCCCGACAAUCUCCACUACAAAAGCCAAAGUGAAAAAAUCUGCCGGGGAAAGUUCCAAGAAGUCGGCCACUCUGCUGGAGGAGGUUAAUCACAAAUCCGCUGGCCAGGAACCCACUACUACCACAAAGGUAAUAAAAACCAAAACAUUGAUAAAUGCCAGCGAAACACCUCAACAGCAGACGACAAUUAAAAAAAUUGGCAACAAAACAAAAAGUUCCCCCCGCAGCAGCAGCCCCAUUGGUAGUACACAGCAGCCAGCGCAAGAUGCUGUGGAUGCCAACGUCAUGCUGUUGAAAAGUGCUUUAGAUGCUUUAGAUAAUCAUCAACAACAUCAUCUUCAACAUCAGGGACAGGGACAGUUGGGCAGCAUCAAUCACACGCCGAUAGCAACAGUUAUUGACAAAUCGAAUCGAAAAUCCGAUAAAAAUAGAGAUACCACAGUCAGCAGCAGCGGCAGCAGCAGUAACGGCAACACUAAAAAACGCAGCACCUCUGCCAGCAGCAUUAGCAACAGUAAUAGUGGCUCUCUUAGCAAUGGCGAUUUGGGUAUUGUCAUUGCCUCUUUAGAUAACAUAACCGUUACAUCGGAACCGCUAUCGAAAUCGAAAUCAUUAUCGGGCUCUGCAAAAACAGCUGAGUCGCCAGCCCACUUAAACCAGCCAGCAGAGAACGCAGAAUCUGUUACUACUGUCACAGCACCUGUGCACACAGUGAAAAAGUCCCUAACAAAAUCGUCAUCAUCUUCUUCGUCGUCGUCGUCGCCUAAAACCUCAAAGAGUGCUAAAGAGAAAACCAAAGAAACUGCAUCCAGCAGCAAAUCAAAAGAAUCCACGCAUAUUCGUGAGCCAAGUCCCACCAAAUCUUCGCUGGAGAAUCUUAUAGAGGCCACAGUAAACGAAGCAGAAGCAGCAGCAGCAGCGGCGGCAGCUACAACUGAGAAAACUCCAAAUAUGGAAGUGGCACGCAGCAAUGGCAGCAGCAUGCUGACGCCCACCAAACUCAAAUCCAACAGACCCUUGACCAAUGGAAGUCAAGAGAAAGCCGUUAAAAGUCCCUUUCUGACUAGAGGUUCGGUGGCCGAGCGUGUCUUAAUGUUUGAAAAAUGUCCCGAUGUGCGUAAUUCAUUUUUGAACAUCAAGCGGCCGGACAGAAACGAUGCUCCACCCAAAUCUUUACUCAAGACCAAAUUACAUGCCACACCUCCACCGCCACCACCAGAUCAUACCUCACUUCAAAGAGAGAUACGAAAUACCAAAAGCGUUUACAUACCCAGAUUUUACUUUCCCCAUGGCAAACCGCAGCCCACAAUUGCCUUGGAGCGCACUUUGCGUGGCAUUCUGUCGGCAUUCGAUACAUUUCCUAAUAAUCAGGUGACCCGUGAUGAAUUGCCACAAAUUUUGAAAAUCUGUGGGCUACCCUACUAUUGGCGCAUGCCAGUAAUGGUCUUCUGUCAGCAGAACAAUAGUGGGCUGGUGGAGAGACAGAGAUUUGUGGAGUUUUGGAAGCAAAUGAAUGUCUAUUGCCACGAUGAGGCCUCACGUUUCGUUUACAUCCUGUCGCGUGGUCAACGCAUGCGUUCCUAUAUAUUACCCGAAGAUAUGGCCCCGCUGGUACAGGAUGUGGUUGAUACACAUCCCGGUUUGGCUUUUCUCAAAGAGGCCACCGAAUUCCAUUCCAGAUAUGUCCACACAGUCAUAGCGCGGAUAUUCUACAAUGUGAAUCGCAGUUGGACCGGUAAGAUCACAAUAUCCGAACUCAAAAAAUCCGAUUUAUUAGAGAUUAUUGCCCUCCUGGAGGAAGAGGAUGAUAUCAAUCAAAUUAUGGCCUUCUUCAGCUAUGAACAUUUUUAUGUUAUCUAUUGUAAAUUUUGGGAAUUGGAUAAGGAUCAUGAUCUCCUUAUCAAUCAAGAUGAUUUGGCUCGUCACAGUGAUCACGCCCUCUCCACACGCAUUGUUGAGCGCAUCUUUUCGGGCUGUGUGACACGUAGCGAUAAUAAGAAAACACCUGAAGAUGAGCCCAAAAUGUCCUACACAGAUUUUGUUUGGUUCCUGCUUUCGGAGGAGGAUAAACGCACACCCACCGCCAUUGAGUAUUGGUUCCGUUGCAUGGAUAUCGAUGGUGAUGGUGUUCUAUCCAUGUAUGAGUUGGAAUAUUUCUAUGAGGAACAACAGCAACGCAUGGAAUCGAUUGGUAUUGAAUCGCUGCCAUUUGAGGAUUGUUUGUGCCAGAUGUUGGAUAUGAUUAAGCCCAAGAGACGUGAUGCCAUAACAUUGGGUGAUUUGAAGAAUUGCAAAAUGACACAUGUAUUCUUUGAUACAUUCUUCAAUUUGGAGAAAUAUUUGGAUCAUGAACAACGCGAUCCAUUCGCCUCGCAGAGAGAUGAAUAUUCAUCGGAUUGGGAUCGUUUUGCUGCCCAGGAAUAUGAGCUGUUGAUAACAGAGGAAAAUGAUUGAGAGAGAACAUAUUUUGGUCUAAGCACAACAUUAAUUAAUUAAUUUAUAUACAUAUAAAUAUUUAUUAUUAUUAUAUAUAUAUAUAUAAACAAAAACUAUUACUUUUUAUACCUUUUUAAAAAUGAAUACCAAGAAAAUGAGAGCAAAAAAAAAUUUAAUGCGUAAUAUAGAAACCUAUUUAAAAAUUGAUUAUAAAUAAUUCAAUUACCCACAUAAAGUGCCUAUCUACCUACCUACCUACCUAACAAUUAUUCUUAGAAUUUAUAGUUCAAAACUUAAGGAAGUAAAACAAAAAUCCCUAUAUAUUGUAUUUUAAAGUGGGAGGAAAAGAGUAAAAGAGAAGAAAAUGAGAAAAACCACAACGAACAAUUAGAAAUAAAUGUAAACAAAAUUGUAAUUUAUCUUUUAAUUUUUAUUGAAGCAAUUUUUUUACAAAAUUUAAAGUCUUUUGUUAUUUUUUAUUUGAUUUUUUGUUGUUUUUUUUUUUACCUUAAUAUUAUUUAUUAAUUGUAGUUUAUAAGUACCAUACUAACUCAAAUUGCGAAUUGAUAUCUAGAAACCCUAACCCACGAACAAAUGCCUUAAAAAAUAAUUCCCUUACAUGUAUAAGAAAAGUCUCCUCUAUGAUUAUAUGAUAAUGCUAUCCCCCUAAACAUCUAUUGAUAAAGAAAAGAACAAAAACCAAAGAUACUAUUAAAUAUGUUGAAAAUAAAAUGAGAACAAAAAGAAAAUCACAAAUAAAAAUAAA